AUGGCAAGCCGCUGGCCUCGAAAUAGGUCGCAAGACAGCGUUCAAGCUGCGUUUCUACUCUUCUCUUUGGAAGCUUGGCGGAAUGGACCGCAUGCUACGGGAACAUCUGGAGACAGUGCAUAUAUCAGUGCAGUUGGCAGCAGAUCUUACAUGAUGGCAGUCGGCCUACAGCGCGCCGCUGAUUGUGGAGCCAUCUCGCCUGGGGAAGCUCCUUACAACUAUGCCGAGAAUAUGCCCCAAGAUGGCUGCCGAGCGCUGUUGUCAUAUUGGAUCAAUUUGUACAAGACUGAUGCUAGAAAAGGCUCGAAUACCACCGCUACUUGGACGAACAUACCCUCAGGCGGUAGCCGCAUGCAUCUUGGAAUCAUACCCUUCAAUGGUAAGAAUGGCGAUGUGUCCAUCAGCAUCGCUCGUGGAUCCACUACUGCUGCAGCCAACUAG